CGCUGCGUCGGGAUCGGAAGUGAAGGGGGUCCGCGAUACGCUGCUCCUCUUCGGGUGGCGCUCGCUCCGCUUUCGCCUUCGGCGCUCCCGGCUCCGGCACGUGGCGGUGCCGCCUCGGCCUCCCUGCCGUCAGCUCGGCGAGGAUGGCUUCCGGCUCCCGAAGGAAAAGCAAGGGGCGGCCUCCUCCCGAGAGCGCGUCGCCGCUCGCUUCGUCCCAGGACCUCCCGGUGGAUCCCGCCUCGCUGAGUCUGGCUGCCGCAGACUUCCAGGAGAAAGCAGAUGACAAAGUUCCUAAAGCGUACAGAAGAUCUCUUGUGCAGCUGGCCCUCGGCAGCAUGAAAGCAGCAAAUAUAUGCAUCGGGCGACCAGUCUUGCUUACUGGUAAAAAUGGGAAACAAGAGGUUUGCACUGCAUGGCCGGUUGCAGGCUUUCCAGGUGGAAAGAUUGGCCUAAGUGGAGUAACACAGAAGAAUCUGAGAGUGGUACCUGGUGAUACAGUCAUUGCCCAGCCUGUGACUGGUGCUGUGGUGCAGGCAGAGGAAGUAGGGAUAAAGCUGAGGGAUAAAGAUGCCUGUCUUAAUGCUGAAGAAUUAUGUCUCAGUAUUCUGAGAAAUCUAGAUGGAAAGAUUAUUUUACCAGGCAACGUCCUGCAAGUAAUUUUCUACGGCAGAUGUUGCAACCUCAUGAUCGCAAGGGUAAAAGGAACAGAUGGGGUUCUGCUUAAGAUGCAAGAUGGCUCCAUUUUUAAGCAGACACUGGAAUCGUCAGUGGAGAAGUCUGAUUUUGACUCCAGCAAUUUAGACUUAUCUAUGCAACUUGGCAAACUAGCCCUUGGAGACAGUGACGGAGCCUCCACCAGCACCCCAUGUAAGCAACUUGAUCAUAAUACAUCGGUUGAUGAUUCCUUAGAAACUGUGGCAUGCAGUGAAAACGUAGAAGAGAGAGACUCAUUCAGUUAUGCUGCCACCGCCUCUGUUUCUCAUUCUGCAUCAGCAACAUUAAGUGAGCAAUUCUUGACAGAUACAGCAGUACUGCAGACUGGUAGAGAAGGAGCGCCACUGAACUCUGAUACUUUUUACUUCAUUUCUUCAAGGACUAGGAUUGAUUUCAUUGACUCUCGGACUAAAGUGAUGGAAGAAUGUAAUGCUGCGCCAAAAGUGACCUAUGAUUCAAUAGGUGGACUUGGUAACCAGCUGAAAACGAUAAGAGAAAUGAUUGAACUUCCCUUGAAGAAACCUGACCUGUUCCGAAGUUAUGGAAUCCCUCCACCUAGAGGAGUACUACUGUAUGGCCCCCCAGGUACUGGGAAGACGAUGAUUGCCAGAGCAGUCGCAAAUGAAGUUGGAGCUCAUGUCACUACAAUUAAUGGUCCUGAAAUUAUAAGCAAGUUUUAUGGAGAGAGUGAAGCCAGAUUACGACACAUAUUUUCAGAAGCUGCUUUAUGCCGACCAUCCAUUAUAUUCAUUGACGAAAUCGAUGCCCUCUGUCCAAAACGAGAAGGGGCACAGAAUGAAGUUGAGAAAAGAAUUGUAGCUUCAUUGUUAACAUUGAUGGAUGGCAUUGGAUCAGAAGGCAACGAAGGCCAACUCAUAGUACUUGGAGCCACAAAUCGGCCCCAUGCCCUUGAUCCAGCACUGCGCAGACCUGGACGUUUUGAUAAGGAGAUAGAAAUUGGUGUUCCCAAUGCUCAAGACCGGCUAGAAAUCCUCCAGAAACUUCUUAAAAAGGUUCCUCAUUCAUUAUCGGCAGCAGAGUUGAUUCAGUUGGCUGACAGUGUCCAUGGAUAUGUAGGGGCUGACCUAGCAGCAUUAUGCAAGGAAUCUGGCUUGUGUGCUUUGCGGAGGGUACUGGGACAGCAAGCUAACCCUUUAGAUGAUGAUGUGUCUGGAUCAGUGAUUAUCACUUGCAGUGAUUUCCUGAAGGCUAUGAAUGAAGUCAGGCCUAGUGCCAUGAGGGAAGUUGCUGUCGAUGUGCCAAAAGUAUCCUGGUCUGACAUAGGAGGACUGGAAGAUGUUAAGCUAAAAUUGAAGCAAGCAGUUGAAUGGCCGCUUAAACAUCCUGAGUCUUUCAUUCGGAUGGGUAUUCAGCCACCAAAAGGAGUACUACUUUAUGGACCUCCUGGAUGCUCGAAAACACUGAUAGCUAAAGCUUUAGCCCAUGAAAGUGGGCUGAACUUCUUGACAGUGAAGGGGCCGGAAUUGAUGAACAAGUACGUUGGGGAAUCUGAACGUGCAGUCAGAGAGAUCUUUAGGAAAGCAAGAGCUGUUUCACCUUCUAUAUUAUUCUUCGAUGAAAUAGAUGCCUUGGCUGUAGAGCGGGGGAGUUCUUCAGGUUCUGGGAAUGUGGCGGAUCGUGUCCUAGCACAGUUGCUGACAGAAAUGGAUGGCAUAGAACAACUAAAGGAUGUGACAGUUUUGGCAGCUACAAACCGACCUGAUAUGAUAGAUAAGGCUUUGAUGCGACCUGGUCGAAUUGACAGAAUCAUAUACGUGCCUCUGCCUGAUGCUGCCACUCGUAGAGAAAUCUUUAAAAUUCAGUUUCGCAAAAUGCCCAUCUCGGAUGAGAUCCACUUAGAGGAGCUUGUCCAACAAACGGAAAAAUACUCAGGAGCAGAGAUAACUGCUGUUUGUAGAGAAGCUGCCCUUCUGGCCCUUCAGGAAGAUAUACAGGCCACAAGUAUUAUGGGACAGCAUUUUCAGCAAGCCUUGGCUAUUGUAACCCCUCGAAUUCCAUUUUCUGUACAGCAGUUCUAUGAGAGUUAUCAGCAGCAGAGUGGUCUGCAUUCACUUUGAGGCACAGAUGAAUAUAUCCAUAGUGUGGAGUGAAUCAAGGAACUCUUCUGUCAGUCAAAGUGCAAAUAUUCUUGUAAACAAGAGGGUUUGGGAUUAGCAGAUUAUUUUUUGUAAGUCAAAUGUUUGAACAUAACUUUGAUGUAGAAAUUUUUCUAAUAAACCUGCUUGAAUAGUGUUUGGGAACCUUGUCAGUGUGAUAUAAAUCACUGAAAUUUCUCCAUUAAUAAUGACAUAAUUUUAUGUUAUUAUUAUAACAGUACAAUUAUACUACCAUCAUUUUAGGCCUCUUUCUUUCCCCUUCAGAACAGUAAUCCAUUGUCUUAAAUUCUGUAUGAUAAUCCAAUAAAUGUCCACCAUUUAAUUCUCCCUUCUUCCCACAUGCAUGCACUGGCCCCACUAUUCCUUCUCCCUCUGUCGUCUGUAAUACUGAAGUCAAGGGAGUUCUGAAUCUUUCUUCCUGUGGCUGGCUACAAAGCCACCCUUCGUUGCUCUAGACACCCCUGUUCCCUCACAAAACCACAAAUCUUACAGGAAAUCAAUCGUCUCUACCCCCCAUCCUAAUCACUGCAUUUUAUGGAACCAUACAGGCUGAAAUCCUCCUCAUACCUUCACUGUUACUUUCUUAUUUCACUAUGCUGGAUGACUGGA